AGGCUCGAUGACCUGAACAUUGCUAUCAAAGAAUUCUUCGGAGGAAAGCUUUCCUUUGCGCCCCUUGAAGACCUUCAACCCACAGCAAUCCUCGAGAUAGGAUCUGGCACUGGCGCAUGGCACGUACGGGCUAUACAAGCAGCAGAGGCAUUCCCUCAAGCUCGCGUGGUCGCAGUCGACCAGAACCCGAUACCGCCCCGCCCUCUACCGUCUAACAUCGAGUUUCACAAGCUCGAUAUCACCAAGGGCUUACCGUUUGAGGACGAGACCUUCGAUAUCGUGCACGCCCGACUUGUCUUGAUGCAUGUGCCAGGGGCGAGAGAAAUCCUUCGCCGCGCUGUCCAACUUCUCAAACCCGGUGGGUGGAUCGUCGUGGAAGACCCAGACGAUAGCCAUAUGGUCGAUCACGGGAAGCCACUCGGACCGGGCAUGGGAGCCUUCGUAGGAGCGUGGCUCAACAUUCUGCGCUCUCGCGGUGCAGAGCCCUGUUUUGGUCGUUAUCUCGAGAGCGAACUGAAGGCCAUCCACUCACUUGCCGAAGUGAAUGUAAGGAAGGUCACAAUUCCGAUUUCGGGAAACAGCGAAGACCCCGAGGAGAACAAACUCGGGCUCUCUUGGAAGGUCAAUAUGCUCCGCGUGGCCCGUGACUUGCCGACGCGUUUUUCCGAUCAGGGUAUCACCAUGGAGGUUGCGGAGAAGCACCUCGAAGAGUUGGUGGAUCCAGCGCGUAGCAUCACAACAGAUAUGUACUUCUCCUGGUCCCGUAAGCGGGUGUAG